AUGCGUGAGGGUCAUGAUCAGAUCCGCUGUAUGACCUGCCGCUUCCUCGGCGAUGAUUGCAGCGUCGACAUUGGGAGGUCCAAGGAUCUGCGCUCCGCCCUGCGGCGGCUGCCGAGCUUCCUCUUCUGCACGCGACUGCUCUGCCGACGCACCGCGCCCACGGCGCCCACCGCCGAGGAUUGGCGUGCGCAGACUUCGAGCUUUCUAGAGGCGGUGGCGCAGACCAAGGGAAGCCAAUGCUUCAUCCGGGCAGAGGUGAAGGAGGAGGGUCUCUCCUUGCGGAUCUUUUCCCGAGCAGACUGGCUGGUGAAUGCGGCUGAACGGCUUUGUGCGCUGGCGUCCCAAACAGAGGCCUUGACCUUAUCCAGCCUGGUGGGCCCUGGCCGCCAAGCGCGCGGCCUGCGGAUGGACUGGGAGAAGACGUUGGAGGCGGUCCAUGACAUUCCAGCCUUGCUCAAGGAGAUGCUACCGGAGAGUGCCACCGGACCGGGGGCGACGGCGGAGAGCGGACGGCUGGGCUGUGUACGAUGGUGUGGAAGCGACGCUGCGCACGACGUGACGAAGAGCUCAGUGGUGCCUGCCAAAGUCAUGCAGGAGACCCAGCAGAUCUUUCGAAGCUAUUGUGCCUUGGACGAACUCCUGGACUUUGUCGACUUCCUCAAGGACUUCAGGCAGAAAGGCGCCGCCCAUGCACGGCCGCAGCCGCGGCCGCCACCAAAGCCGCGGCCGCCGCGAGAGGUGCCCCGCCCCUGCGCCUGCUCGCCGGACCGCCGGUCUCCGGACCGCCGGUCGCGGUCGCGGUCGCGGGGCCGGCGACCGGCGGCACGGCGGUCGCCGUCCUACAAGCCCUAUCGGGGUCCGGAGGAGACAUCGCAGUUCGAAGCCUUAGCUGCCAAUAGAAUGAUGCAUGACUGGCAAGCAUCGCGUGGAAGGAUGGGCGGACGGGGCGCUAUAGGUGAUGUUCGUUGUGGAAUUUGCCCGGGGAGGGACAGAGGCGGAGGGGUGUGGUUGUCAUCACCAUGA